UAUCUGAUUCUAUCUCCGUCUUUCAUCCGGCAAUCCCAGACUCUAUUUCCUUCAUCUCUCUUCCUCAUCACCACCGCCCUGCCCGCUUGAAGCCACCUUACCCUCUCCACCGACAAGAUCUUCCGUUCUCCCCCCGACCUCCUCGGCCAAGAACAAGAACGAGGUCAGCCUAUCUCCAACUCAACACUUGUUUUCAGCUCGGACAACACGACUUGGUACUGCGAAACAUGGCUACAGCUUUGUAUAGAGCAUCCAUCGAAGUUCUUGUCCAGAACCUGAUCAACUAUUGCAGUGGAGAAUACCCCCUACUUCGAGGUGUCGAUAAAGAAGCCCAACAGUUGCAAAGGACUUUGGGCAUGAUUCAAGCCUGCUUGAUUGACGCUGAGGAGAAAUCCAUCACCCGCAAUGAUGUCAAGAUCUGGCUGGAGGAGCUUGAAACUAUGGCUUUUGAUGCUGAUAAUGUGUUGGACGAACUCAACUAUCACCUUCUCCAUAAACAGGUGAAGAUACCCAGUUUAAGUCCCAAGGUGCUACCACGGUUUUCUUCCUUUAAUCGCAUCUCACUUCAGCGUAAUAUAGCUCGUAAAAUCAAAAAAAUUACUGCAGAUUUUAAGUCUAUGAACGAAAGGGCAAUCGACCUUGGCAUUCAAAGCAUAGUUUUGAAUGCUUCUGCUGUUGAUGCUCAUAUUUCCACUAAGACUGCUUCGAUCAGUCUUGAUCCAAUCUUUGUUGGCAGAGAUGAUGAUGUGCAUAAACUAGUUGACAUGCUCACCCAGACCCAGGAAGAUCAGAUCUUCUCCAUUGUUGCUCUUCUCGGAAGGGGAGGUGUGGGGAAGACUACGGUGACUAGGAAAGUCUUGAAUCAUGAAAGGAUAAAUGCUCGAUUCGAAUCACUUAUUUACAUUACUGUUUCUAAAACUUUUCAUCCGAUCAUUCUUUUCAACAAAAUCCUUUCGUCAUUGACUUCACACACUCGUGAUGGAUUUGAGAGUGGGGAUGUUAUCCUAAAAAGGCUUCAAGAAGCUCUCAAGGCUAAGACUUAUCUUCUUGUUCUAGAUGAUGUCUGGAAUGAAGAUGUUCCAAACUGGAAUGGUUUUAUCAAUUCCAUGUCAGAAGUUACUUCUACUAAUGGAAAUGCCAUUAUUAUCACUACCAGAAAUGCAAAGGUUGCUUCAAUUGUUAAUCCAUUUCAUAUUCAUCGAUUGAGUGGCUUAUCAAUUGAUGAUUGUUGGUCCAUAAUCAAAGCAAGAACUUUUGAUGAAAAUGGAGAAGUUCCAUCAAGUUUUGAGAUGGUUGGAAGAAAUAUUGCAAAAAAAUGUCAUGGUUUGCCCUUAGCCACCAAUAUAAUUGGGGGAGUGCUCCGCUACAAGUCUGAAGAAGAAUGGCGCCUUAUCUAUGAAAAAUGGCUUUCGGUUGAUGAAGGAUAUGAACAUAUCAUAAGAAUAUUGAAAUUGAGCUUUGAUCACCUGACUUCAUCACUAAAAAAGUGCUUUGCGUAUUGUUCAAUUUUUCCCAAAGAUUGGCGUAUUGUGAAGGAGGAGUUGAUUGAACUAUGGAUGGCAGAAGGAUUUCUUCAAACAAGCCAAAAGGAUGAUAUGGAGUUUGCGGGCACCAUGAUAUUUAAUGUGCUUCUGCAAAACUCUUUGUUGCAAGUUGUAUGGAAAGGUAAUCAUGGUCAGGAAUAUUAUGGGAUGCACGAUCUUGUGCAUGAUAUUGCUUCUUUUGUUUUAUAUGAAAGAGGUGGAAGAUUUCGAUACAUGUUUCUCAACGAAGAAUCAAGUCCUAUUCCAAAAGAAGGUUGGAGGAAUUUGCGUACAUUAUUCUUGGGAGGUGGAGUUUCUUGUACCAUGUUCUCAGACUUCAAAUGUCUGCAUAAUUUAACUCUCAUUGGCAGCAAUUAUAAAGAGCUCUCCAAUUCAAUUAGAGAGUUGAUACAUUUGAGAAAUCUCAAUAUUUCUCGUACAUCAAUUGGAAACUUGCCAGAGUGGAUCGGUGAACUCCAUUGCUUGCAAACAUUAAGAGCAGAGACAUCGUAUUUAAAGAAACUUCCAAGUACGUUGAAGUACUUGAUUGAGUUGAGGCAUCUUUAUAUUACAAGGGAUACAGAGUUGCCUGCAGAGAUUGGGAGGUUGAUUAGUCUCCGAACACUACCGCACUUUACAGUGGGCAAAGAAAAGGACUACGGAAUUAAAGAGCUUGGCAAUUUGAAGAAUCUCAAAGGAAGACUAGUGAUUGAGCAUCUUGAAAGGGUGCGUGACAAGGAAGAGGCUCAGGGAGCAAAAAUAAAUCAGAAUCCAAACUUAACUGCUUUGCAGUUUGAAUGGAAUGAUGGUGGAAAAGAUGGAAGAAAUGAUGAGAGUGUGUUGGAAGGCCUCCAGCCUCAUGCAAAUUUGAAGAAAUUGAUGAUUGUAGGAUACAAAGGAAAAAUAUUUCCAACAUGGUUUAAGAACCGUUGGAUACCACUUGAGAACUUGAUUGAGCUGAAAAUCUACAAUUGCUCAGAAUGUCAGGAAAUCCCAAGGCUAGAUCACUUGCUGAAUCUCAAAACUCUUCAUUUGAUUGGAUUGGAUAAGGUCAGGUUCAUAGAUUCUUCAAACAAAAAAUUAACAUCCCUCAGAAUAAUUGAAUUAGAGCGAUUGGAAAGCAUUUGCAUUUGGCUAUUCUAUGACAAUCACAACAUCUCAACGUGUAUAGAAUUACCAGAUUCUCCCUCAGAGUUGAUUAUCAAGUAUUGUCCAAAUUUGAAGUGGAUUGUGGAUCCUCUAGAGUUGUGGGUGCCGACAAUUGAGAGGCUCGAAUUGGAGGGAUUACCCCGCUUGGAGGAUCUACCAACGCUAAUUUACAACCUCACUAGAUCAUCUCCUCGUCUCAAAUAUUUGAUAAUUCUUGGUGUUCCCAUUUUCAUGUUGAGUGUCAGUGUUCAGAGUUGGGAUUUAGGCAAGUUGAAGGAAUUACAUAUAGAUGUGAGUGUGCAGUGGUCAACAGAGAAUAGUGGUGCAAUUGAAUACGCUGUGGAUGGAAUAUUGCAAGGCUGUUGCAACUCACUCACUUUGUUAAAGUUAAGAGGGGUGGGAAAUUGGGACUGGGUGCCAAUGUCAAUUCAACAUCUCAAUGUUCUUUCUUCGUUAGUUUUGGAUAGUUUUGGGGUAGAAGAAUUGCCCCAUUGGUUUGGAAAUCUCUCAUCUCUAGUAGAGCUUAACCUAUCCAACUGCCAAAAGUUAAAGUGUCUGCCUUCUUGCCUCACUAAAUUGCGAUACUUGACUGUUGAAGAUUGUACAGAAUUACGCAUUGAUUCUGAGUGGUACAACAUUCCCCAUCUUAUCAUCCAUGUUUGCAAUUCCAUGGAUGCUUCGAUCACAAUUUUACCAGAUGUUGAGCCACAAGAGGAAAAUGUUGCUGAAAACUUUGUACAAAGUCUAGAAAGGGAAUCAAGAUCUGUUACAGAAGCUAAGCUUGACAUGCAGAUUCUUAUUGAAGAGUCUUCUGAUAUGUCUGAUGGGGUGGUAUCCGCCGCUUACUCAAAUCCUCCAUCUGUUUCAGGACACGAAAUCAAGCGGCAAUCUGCACAUGAAAUUGAAGAAGAGGGCGUUGUCUUGGAGCAGAGCAAAACAGAGAUGUCUAUGAGUAACUUCACUUCACCACACAGAGUUGAACCAGAGUGCCAUGGAGAAAUUCAAGCAGUGAAUGAGCAACAAAAAACUGGCACUAUUAUUUUUCCAGCCAAGGAAUGUUAUGUGUUUGCUAUAGAGGGUAAACAUCUGAAGCUAAAAUUUGAUAACCAAAAUAUCUUGGUAGGAGAUUAUCCAUCACUAUCACCACAUGUGCGGAAUUUGUUUGAUAAAGAAUUGCAUGAGCUAUCUUCGGAGUCAGACUACGCUGAUUCAUUGAUCUUAUUCUUACAGAGAAACACACGUUUAACUCUCAUUCAACCCUCUUUUUUUGACAACAUGCCAGAUUUGGUUUUCCUAGACUUAUCUGAUACCAAAAUCAAGAUCUUACCUAGUUCACUUUUCGAGCUUUCAGAGCUUAAAGUCUUGUUGUUGAGGAACUGCAUUUGUCUUGAAAAACUUCAGCCUGAAAUAGGAGAACUCGAGAAAAUGGAGGUACUGGAUUUGUCUGGCACUGAGCUCUACGACCUCCCCGCUGAAAUCAGUAAGCUUGUUAAUAUGAAGAGAAUGCACCUAUCCUUUUAUGGGCCGGAGGAUGAAAGUGAAUACGAGCAUUUACCAUGUCAAUUGGUUUCUCCCAGUUUUCUAUCAAAUAUGAAAGGAAUAGAAUCAUUAAGCAUUAGCGUGCACCCUGAAGAUCAACGAUGGACAAAACUUGUUGCAUCCAUAAUCAAUGAUAUCAGCGAGUUGGAGAUGUUGAGUUCUCUUCAUUUCUACUUUCCACAAAUAGAAACGUUUGAAAAUUUCGCUAAGAUGAGCCCCUCAUGGAAUGAUAGGGAGAGCUUUAGCUUUGAUUUCACCGUUGGCCAAGAUGUGAAGCGAAUUAAUUCUCGGGUCCCAGAUGAAGUGGAAUCAUUGUUCAGUCAACAAGAGAGAUGCUUUAGGUAUGUUAAUGGCGAUAAGACAUCCCCAUUGGUGAAAGGUGUUAUCACCCGUGCCACGGCAUUCUACUUGGAUCAUCACACUUAUGUCCGAAGCCUGUCUGAAUUCGACAUUUCUAGUUUCCGGUCGCUAGAAUUUUGUGUCGUGCGAGAGUGUCCAAAAAUGCAAACGAUUAUGGAUGAGGAAAAGGCUGAAGAUGCAUUUCCAUGUCUAAAGUCUUUGCGAAUCUACUUUGUGUGGGAAUUGAAGCAAAUUUGGAAGCCGCCUUCUCAAGCAAGGAGACUGAACAGAAUCUUCAAGACCCCUGUACCUGUGAGAAACUUUAAAUCUCUUAAACAUCUUACGGUCAAGACCUGCCCAAAGCUACAGUUCAUAUUUUGGGAAUCAAUGCUUCAGUGUCUUGACAUCCUGGAGGAACUUAUUGUUGAUGACUGUGAAGUCAUGGAGAAAAUCAUCAAAGAGGAAAGCAAGAAUGUGAAGUACCAACACAAUGUCCUUCCGAGGUUAACAAAACUUGUACUUGCCUACCUGCCGGAGCUGGUAAGAGUCGGCUGUGGUGUUCCUGUGUUAGAAGAAAAUGUUUAUGGUUGUCCCAAGCUGAAUCGAGCUUGAUGGCACAAUAAAGUUGCUAAUUUUGGAGAAACGCAAACUGGACUUUCAAGGAGUUGGAAAAUCAUCUGUUUGGUUGAUGGUUGGGGAAAAUAAUUGAUGAAACAAGCAGGAAAGUGAAGUACCAAUAUAGUAUUCUUCCUAGCUUAAGCUGGACUUCCAAGGAAUUGAACGAUCAUGUGUUUGGUUAUUGUAAGUAAAACUGCUAUCUUCUCUUUGAAUGAUUUUAUCUUUUCAUUUAUCUGCAUGAGUAAAAUUGGUAGUGGACAAUGUUAUAGUUAGUUUGUAGUACAUGUAUGUUUAUCACUGCUGAGUUUGCUUUAUGUCAUGAAUCUGAUCAAAUUGGAUGGGAAUUAGGUCAUGGAA